CCAACCGAUACCCAUUCCCAAGAGCAUGAGGGUGAUUUCAUUAACAUCACCCAGCUUUCAAAUCCGGCAGGCGAUGAAAAUGUUGAUCACCCCUCGGCGGAUGAAGUAACGAGCCAAACCGAUGUUUCUCCCCUGCAAGUGACAGAAAAUAGCAAAGAAACUAAGUGCAGUAUGGGACCAGGAACCGAUACAACACAAGAAACGAGCAGUAAAGAUGAUGGAUCUGAAACUGAAAAUGACGUGGGUAAAGAGAAACAUUUGGAGAAAGACCACGAGGGAAGUUGGAGCAAUGUAGAAGACAAGAAAGGUCAUGAGGAUGUGCUGAAGGAGAUACAAAUGCCAAAGAAUCAUGAUCUCUACUGUUCAAACUGCACUCACAACAUCACCGGAACUGCUAAACUCUUUAAAAAGGGACAAGAGACUUUUCCGUACAACAUAGAUAGAUUCGUAUUCGUUAUCAUUUUCUCGUUCAAGUACCCUUUCAUUUACAUCCCAUGGUUGUAUAACAUCACCCAGGAGCCAGUCAAUCGCAGCCAGACUAAACCUCCUCUUCCUGAAGCCACACCUGUUCCAAAACCGGAUAACACCUUGGCUACACUGCUAAAAAAGAUACGAGAGACACUUUUGCCAGACCGUUUGCCAAGGCUCACUCGCACUUCUCAGCGGUUCCUACUGUUUUUGGUUCUGCUAUUGCUAUCAGUCAUUUUCCUGUGGACCCUGCCUUCUCAGCCAUCACCACCGCGUACAAUUGAGGAGGGAAAUCCAACAGAGACGAUUGAUGUUCCUGGGAGGGAUGACGGAGGAGGCGUCUCCUUUUCCUGGCUCCCAAAUUUCUUGAGUAACAAUUACCUUCCCAUAAUCUUAUCGUUGUUCCUAGCCAUUCUGGCUGUGCUCUGGCGUUCCAUGAUAGAUCCAAAAGAGACCGGUGCUGUUACACAUCCUCAAAAACUUGAUGCUGAUACUAAUUCUCCGGUUACAAAGGUCAUCCCUAAAGAAAAGUUGAAGAACAACGAGGGCCCAGAAAAUGAUCCAAAAGAGACCGGUGCUGUUACAAAUCCUCAAAAACUUGAUGAUGGUACAGAUCAAGCGAAAGAUACUAAUCCUCCGGUUACAGAGGUCAUCCCUGAAACAAAGCCGAGGAUCAAUGGUCUUAUUAAUAAAGCUCUUACCAAUAAAGCUAGACAUCCUGAAGAGUAUUGUAUACGGAGGUCUAAUAGAGUCCAUCACAAGCUUUGGUGUUGUAUCCUCCGCUGCUGCUUCCGGAACUUCCACUCAAUAACAGACAAGGGACGCUACCAAGAAGCUGCGAUUUUCGUCGCCGCAUCUCUGGUCUGCGUCAUAUCUCUCUCCUUUGCCAAAGCUUGCGCCUUUGGCAUGGAUAAACUCAAGACCGUGGCUGCAUACACUGGAAUAGCGAUUGCUGGAUCUGCGCUUUCUUUCGUUGCAAGUCAACACGCGAGAGAUGUGUUUGCAAAGUAUGAUUUCCAUAAGCUUGCCUCUGAUUAUCUAAAAGGGUGA